GCUGGCCGGCUGCGGGUCGUCCAGCGAGGGCCGCCGCGACAACGACCUGCACAUCGGCGGCAUCUUCCCCAUGGAGGGCGAGGGCGGCUGGCAAGGCGGCCAGGCCUGCAAGCCCGCCGCCGAGCUCGCCCUCGCCGACGUCAACGCGAGAUCAGAUUUAUUAUCCGGCUUCAAAUUACUGCUGCACAGCAAUGAUAGCAAGUGCGAGCCGGGCCUGGGGGCGAGCGUUAUGUACAACCUAUUGUACAACCCACCGCAGAAGUUGCUGCUGCUAGCCGGCUGCUCUACCGUCUGUACCACGGUGGCCGAAGCUGCCAAAAUGUGGAAUCUUAUGGUUUUAUGCUACGGGGCUUCGUCACCAGCUCUAUCGGACAGGGCGCGGUUUCCCACGCUGUUCCGAACCCACCCUUCGGCCACGGUCCACAACCCCACGAGGAUCAAACUAAUGCAGAAGUUCGGGUGGUCACGCAUCGCCAUCUUGCAGCAGGCUGAAGAGGUCUUUAUAUCUACCGUCGAAGAUCUAGAAGCGCACUGCAAGAAAGCGAGCAUAGAGAUCGUGACGAGGCAGUCGUUUCUCUCCGACCCGGCUGAUGCUGUGAGGAACCUCAGAAGGCAGGAUGCGAGGGUCAUCGUGGGGCUGUUCUACGUGGUGGCAGCCAGGAGGGUGCUCUGCGAGGUGUACAAGCAUCGCCUGUAUGGGAAAUCUUACGUCUGGUUCUUUAUUGGUUGGUACGAGGACAACUGGUUCGAAACGAACCUCGAGCGAGAGGGGAUUGAGUGCACAGUGGAGCAGAUGCGAGAAGCAGCCGAGGGCCAUUUGACCACCGAAGCCCUCAUGUGGAACCAAAACGCCAAUCAGACCACCAUCUCCGGGAUGACCUCUGAAGACUUCAGAUCACGACUGAACGAGGCGCUCCGGGAGGCGGGCUACGACAUCGACGGCGAGCGGUACCCCGAGGGCUACCAGGAGGCGCCCCUGGCAUAUGACGCAGUGUGGGCCGUUGCUUUAGCGUUCAACAAGACAAUGGAGAAGCUGGAGAAAAGUGGGUUGAGUUUGAAAAAUUUCACUUACACCAACAAGAAGAUUGCGGACGACAUCUACGAGGCAAUAAAUUCUACAUCAUUCCUCGGUGUAUCGGGUUUAGUAGCGUUCUCGUCGCAAGGCGACCGGAUCGCACUGACGCAAAUCGAGCAGUUGGCUGACAACCACUAUGUGAAGCUGGGCUACUAUGACACGCAGGCAGAUAACCUCACGUGGCUCGACAGGGAACGAUGGGUUGGUGGGAAAGUACCUCCUGAUCGGACGGUGGUGGUGAAUGAACUGAGGACGGUCUCAUUGCCGUUGUUUGCGUGUAUGACAGCGCUGUGCAUCGCGGGUAUACUCGCCGCCAUUGCACUAAUAGUCUUCAAUAUCUUGCACCGACACAGGAGGGUAAUUCAAUGGUCUCAUCCCGCGUGCAACACGGUGAUGCUAUGCGGGUGCUGCAUUUGUUUGGGUGCAGCAGUGGCCCUAGGCGUCGACGGCCGCUGGGUGCAGCCACAACAUUUUGCGGGGCUCUGUGCGGCUCGGGCUUGGUUGCUGGCCACCGGCUUCUCCAUGGCAUAUGGGGCCAUGUUCACCAAGGUCUGGCGGGUGCACAGACACACUACCAAACCUAAACCGGACACUAAGAAACGUAUGCACGGUUGGAAAUUAUACACAAUGGUGGGAGGUCUACUGGUAGUGGAUGCAGCUUUGUUGACUGCAUGGCAGCUAAGAGACCCUCUGCAGAGGAGGGUUGAGAUAUUCCCUCUUGAAGCCCCAAGGCACCACGAUGAUGAUGUUCACAUAAGGCCGGAGCUGGAACACUGUGAAAGUGAACAUAACACUGUAUGGCUUGGGGUGAUGUAUGGGUAUAAGGGGUUGGUGUUGGUGUUUGGGUUGUUUUUGGCGUACGAGACGAGGUCGGUGAAGGUGCGUCAGAUCAACGACUCGCGUUACGUGGGGAUGAGCAUUUACAACGUGGUGGUGCUGUGUUUGAUCACUGCUCCGGUGACCCUGGUGAUCGCGAGCCAGCAAGACGCGGCGUUCGCGUUCGUCUCGCUGGCGAUCGUGUUUUGCUGCUUCUUGAGCAUGGCCUUGAUAUUUAUUCCUAAGGUGAUCGAGGUGAUCCGGCACCCCACGGAGCGCGCCGAGAGCGGCCGCGGCUCGGGCUCGGGCUCCGCCCCAGCCGAUGAAGAACGCUACAGGGAGCUCGUGAAAGAAAACGAAGAGCUGCAGAAACUCAUCGCGCAGAAAGAGGAGCGCAUUCGGGUGCUGAAGCAGAAGCUAGCGGAACGCGAAGCGGCGGCGGCGGACGGCGUCACGCAAGAUGUACAAGACGAACACAUCUGAUCGCCCGCAAGGGAAUCUUCAAUGUUAGCUUGAAUAAGAAUAGUGAUAUUAUUUAUUAUCUAUACAACUCAAACGAACGCUGUAGAAAAAUUCCUUUGUAAUUAUAAGAAAAUAAAGUGUUCUUACAUAGUUAGAUGAUAUGACAUUAAGUGAUUAAAAGUGCGAAAAGAUAGAAGCAUUAGUUUCACAAGUUUGUCCAGUAGCCGCCAUGGAGGAAGCCGCGUAACUAGAAGCUGUUUGAAUCAUAAUUUUGAUGGACUUUUACUAAAACAGGAACCCGAGUGAGUGUAAGUCUUUAGAAUCGGUGCGUUGAAUUGUUCCGUUGUUACAUUUUAUCAUAGUUUUAUCGUUAUGUUACGAUGAAAUCAAAAUUUUAAUGUUAUUGUAAUAAUAAUAGGUGUAUAAAAUUAUGAAACACUUGAAAGACUAUGUAUUACUUUAAUAUAGAUAUUUAAUUACAUAAACUACUUAUGAAAAAUGUUAUCAUCCUUCAUUGAUGCACUUUACCAUGUCAGUAUCACAAAAGUAAGUUUUUUUAUCAAAACAUACUCAUAGAUAAUACUUUCCAGAAACCUUCAAUUUGAAUGAUAACUUAUUUUCAGUCUUAAGUAUUUUGCUAACGAUAACCUGAAAAAAAUAUCUUUACAUGAUGAAGGUAUGUAAUGCACAGAGUAACGAAACCAAAUAAUUCAAUGAAUUUUUGAUUAUGGCUUGUAAUAAAAUUGAAAAAGUUUAAAUCUUGUGUUUUAGAGUGCUCUAAGCUCGUUUUCAACUAAAAUCACAGUCUGAAAAUCGUUAGUAACACUUACGUCAUGUAUCAGAUGGUGCUUUCUUUUUUCUUUGUUUUUACUGGCACUAACGCUUAAAAAAUACAUCCGCAUUUUUGUGUAUAAAACCUUUUCCAUACCAAACAACUAAAUCUUGACUCUAGAAUCCAGUAUGAUAAUUAGGAAAAACGAUAAAAUAAAUAAAUUAGAAUGUACCUGUCCAAGAUGGCUCAAUCUCAGUGAUACUUGAUGCCAAAACUUACAACAUAAUACAUUUAAAUACAUGUAAAUAGUUGUAAUAACAAAACGAUCUCACAAAGUAGAUUAAGUUUUCAAAUCACGCGCAUUUUUGGAAGAUUUCAUUGCCUGAAAAAUUAUCAGAAUCAUAUUCACAUUAUAAAAGACAUACAACAUACUCGUAGAAAAUAAAUUAAGUAAAUCAGAGAUACACAGCACUGCCAAUUACAAUUCAUAAGUAGGACAUUUGUGUUAAGUGACAAAUCUAGUCCUAGAUACUCUACUUAGAGGUAGAGUCAAAUAGUUAUAUUUAUUUAUCAGAAAUGAAUCGUUUCGUGGGAUUUUAUGUUUACGUCUCUAGAGCUAACUUAUUUAGUUAAUCUUGUAAGUUAUAUUGAUUCGUCCCUAAUAAUGACAAUUUUACGAAUUCAUUUGCACUUCAAAAGCUACAAAUCGAUCAAAAUAAACGCUUACAUGAAUGAGUUUAACUUAAGCUUUAGCUAAACCAACGCGUGUCCUGUCAUUAGCCUAAAGUACACGCGCAGUGAUCGCCAUCGCCAAUGCAAUCUGCACGCGUUGGUAUGGCUGAAGCUUCAGAGAGGGUGCGACUCCCGUUCUUAGGCGGGUCGGCCCGUAAUACGCGACGACCCGACCCAGCCAUUUUCUUUAAACAGAUAAGAAGGAAUAUGAUUCAGGUUAUAUUACGCCAUUACAAGUUGGUUUCCAUGCAUUGUCGUGUUUUUUAACACAAUGAAAGUCUGCUCUUUCUCUCGGAACGGCUGCUUCCGAAUUCCUUUUUGGCGUGUGUUCAAAUCACAGCCAAGUUUUAUUUUUGCUACACUGAAAAGAACUGUCGCUGGCCCAGAAUACCGAAAGACAGAGUUGCAGGUACGAUUUAUUUAUUAGUAUCAACAAAAAAGAAACUAAAAAUUAUAAUGUGUGUCAUUAUAUUUUGUCAAUUUAUCAAAUAAGACCGAUUAACAUUUAUACUGAGCUUUUUAUGACUCUAGUACCUAGACUCUAUUUCAUUAAAAGAAACCUUUUUUUCUUUUAUCAUUGAAAUUAAGUAUUUUAUGACCACUGACGAGAUAGUCACAGAUUUUUUAAUUAGCACGAUAUACCUACCUACUACAAUACAAGCAAAGUGCAGAAAAGUUCGUAAAUGCAAUACAUAUCCUCUCGACACUUUUUCACGGAUGGUAACUCAUAGUUUCACUGUAUUAGUGAAAUGUUAUUUUGGCCUUGGUCAAAGAUUUGACUGCAUAGAAUUAAUGAUUACGUCACAGUAUCACCAUUAUUGUUGUCUUAAGGUGCGAAACUACUGUCAAUUUUAAAAUUGAACUUAAUAUCGUUAAGUUACAGUCCAAAGUUGUUAUACCUUAUAACAUAAUAGUGUUGCUCUUUUUUGUAUGUUGCAAGUAUUAUUGCAAAUAGAAUAAAUUUUAAAUUGACAGAGUAUUUCGUGCGUUGUAUAUAUUGUUCCUUAAAGUAUAAAAUAUAGGAAAUCGUUGACAUUCUAAAUUUUAUUACAUUUUGAGAACUUAAAUGAUUUGAUAUCUGUCCAAUGAAAAAGGAUAAAUAGUUUAAAAGAUUAAUAUUUAUCUACAGUUUUCAUUCGACAGAUUGGUUCGUUUAACUAGUUUACAUAGAAUGUUGGUAGGUUUGUCAAAUUGUCAUAAGCUUCAUAAUGAUCCGUUACUUCCCUGUGAUCUGUAAGUUUAAUUGUACUGAACGUCUCACCGAAGUCAUCACUGUGUAAAUAAAAAGUCAUCGAAUGAUCUGAAUGUA